CGCGGCAACCUUUUUCUAUUUCUUCGGAAACAUGUGGCUCCCAGGCACUGGCAGGGCCCAUGGAGGAACCGUAUCUCCAGGAUGUGUGGGCUGUCUCCUGUGGGAACCCGACUCGGAGACUGCAUUUGGAGCUAGAAGACCCCCUGCAGCGAUCUGGAGAGGGGGAGCAGGGAUAUCGGCUUGGCCCAGGUUUAUGCGCCGGCAGUAAAGCGAAGCGCCAGGCGCCAUCUUGUCUGAGCCGACCUGCUUCCGGACUACACUUCCCAGAGGCCUCCGGAGGAACAGGGCCGCUCCUUCACUCGCCUGCCCGAUUCUCGGCCUCCCGGCAAGGGGAACUACAAGGAAAACAGCCCCAAGGAGGACUGAUCCUCUUCUGCAAUACUGAAAGCCAUGGCCCAGGGAUCAGUGGUGUUCACUGAUGUGUCUGUAGACUUCUCACAGGAGGAGUGGGAGUGCCUGGACCCUGGUCAGAGGGACUUGUACAGAGAUGUGAUGUUGGAGAACUAUAGCAAUCUGCUGUCAAUGGGACUUUACAUUCCUAAGCCUCAAGUUAUCUCCUUAUUGGAACAAGGAAAAGAGCCCUGGAUGGUUGGCAGAGAGCUGACAAGAGGCCUGUGUUCAGAUCUGGAAUCAAUGUGUGAAACCAAGUUACUGUCUCUGAAGAAGGAAGUUUAUGAAAUAGAAUCUUGCCAGAGGGAGAUAAUGGGGCUUACAAAGCAUGGCCUUGAGUACUCCAGUUUUAGAGACAUUGUGGAAUAUAGAAACCACUUUGAAAAACAACUGGGAUAUCAAAGUGGGCAUUUCAGCCAAGAAAUACUCACUCAUGAAUACAUGCCCACAUUUAUUCAACAGACAUUCUUUACUCUACAGCAAAUAAUUAACAAUGAAGAGAAACCCUAUGAAUGUAAGAAAUGUGGAAAGGUCUUUAGUCAGAAUUCACAGUUUAUUCAACAUCAGAGAAUUCAUAUUGGUGAAAAAUCUUAUGAAUGUAAGGAGUGUGGGAAAUUCUUUAGUUGUGGCUCCCAUGUUACUCGACAUCUGAAAAUUCAUACUGGUGAAAAACCAUUUGAAUGUAAGGAAUGUGGCAAGGCUUUCAGUUGUAGCUCAUACCUUUCUCAGCAUCAGAGAAUUCAUACUGGUAAGAAGCCCUAUGAAUGUAAGGAAUGUGGGAAGGCCUUUAGCUAUUGCUCAAAUCUUAUUGACCAUCAGAGAAUUCACACUGGUGAGAAACCCUAUGAAUGUAAAGUAUGUGGGAAAGCCUUUACUAAGAGCUCACAACUUUUUCAACAUGUGAGAAUUCAUACUGGUGAGAAACCCUAUGAAUGUAAAGAAUGUGGCAAAGCUUUUACUCAGAGCUCAAAGCUUGUUCAGCAUCAGAGAAUUCAUACUGGUGAAAAACCGUAUGAGUGCAAGGAAUGUGGCAAAGCCUUUAGUAGUGGCUCAGCGCUUACUAAUCAUCAGAGAAUUCACACUGGGGAGAAACCCUAUGAUUGUAAGGAAUGUGGGAAAGCUUUUACUCAGAGCUCACAACUUCGUCAACAUCAGAGAAUUCAUGCCGGUGAGAAACCCUUUGAAUGUCUUGAAUGUGGGAAGGCCUUUACUCAGAACUCACAACUUUUUCAACAUCAGAGAAUACAUACAGAUGAAAAACCGUAUGAAUGUAGUGAAUGUGGAAAGGCCUUUAAUAAAUGUUCAAACCUUACACGACAUCUGAGAAUUCACACUGGUGAAAAGCCCUAUAACUGUAAGGAAUGCGGGAAGGCAUUUAGUAGUGGCUCAGAUCUCAUUCGUCAUCAGGGAAUUCAUACUGAUGAUUUUCCUACUCCUCUUCCUGCCUUUGAGCUCUGCCAAACACAGGUGAUGGCAGUUGUAAUACCAACCGCGGAGGCACGUGUCUAUUCUUGGGAGGGUGGGUGCAGCCCCCACGAGCGGGACCACCACGGCUUAGACUCUGGGUUCACCUACGCGGGCCUCGCCUCAGGGAGGGGUACCGAGCGCGCCCCCGGCCUGCGCGGGGGCUUCUGGGAGUUGUGGUCCAGCCGCCAGGCCCCCGCGCGGGGGCACCAGCUGCAGGGCCUUCUCGGUCUGCAGCGCGGGUGGGCUGGGCCGUUGCCGGGCACGCGGCCCAUGAACGUCUCGUACUGGCCUCCCUGCCCAAGACCUCCCAGGCGGUCGCCCGGAGAGGUGAGUCCCCCAGUCUUACGGGCUGAGGGCGGCGGCAAUAGGGAAAGUACCGGGUCGUGCGAAGGGGGACCAGGGAAAACCGAACGUCCGGGACUCGCGGGGUCUGGGGGGCGACAUAGGGGGGUUCUUGGUUCUAUUGAGAUGCGACGGUUGGCUGCGACUGCGUGUUCCCAGGUGAGGGUGGAUCUGCACAGACUGGGUGUCAGGGAUGAGAAUGAUGGGAUUCUCCCUUGGCAGGCAUCUCCAAGAGAAAAACCCUACAGCGGUCCCCAGUGUGGCCAAGACUUCAGGCAGCUCAGAAACCUUCUACUUCACCAGCAAACCCAUACAGGAGAGAAGCCCUCUCCAUGCGAUGGGCGUGGAAGAGCCUUCAGGGCAAGGACAGCAGACCUUAACUUUCCCAGGCUCCUUCCCAGAGAAAAGGCCUACCAAAGCAUGGAGCGUUCCAGAGUAUCCAACUCAGGAUCCACUCUGAGAAGGCACAGGAAGGACCACAUGGGAAAGAAACCUCACACGUGUGAGGAAUGUGGGAAGGACUUCAGCUGCAGUUCCAACCUGUCCGUCCACUCGCGUGUCCACACGGGCGAGAGCCCUUCAGGUGCCGAGACUUGCGACAAGGACUUCAGCUGCAGGGCAGCCCUGCAGACCCACCAGAACGUCCACACAGGAAGCCCCAGGCUUGUGAGGGGGUCUCCAGCGCCGAGUGCAAAUCUCCUAGACGAUUCAGCCAACAGCGCGAUAGAUGAUUGCAAAGUCAGGGUGAAGCGCCCAGAGGGAGCGUUCUUGCCUGGACUUCCGCAAGAAACCUUUGUUACUCUUUGUAGGCGGCCCGCCCCCACGCGAAGGCACAGGCAAGCGCGAGGCCGGAAGAAGCUGUGCAGGCAGAUGGGGCUGAACACGGUUCCAGAGCCUUACGUUGGGCUGGGAGGAGACCGCUGGACGUGGGACGUUCGGGUCCGCCCUGCGUGCCUGGGAAUUCGGCUGUCGCGACGGCACGAGUCGGGACUCGGGCUGGAAACCCAAGCGUUUAAACCUCCAGCUCUUUCUGGUUUCCAGCCGGACUGGGUGGGCGCCCGCGCAGAGGCUGUUCCACAGGGUUUCCGACCUCCGACUGGCAGGGUCUUGGUAUUAAAGAGAUUAAAGAGCUUCAGUUUGGGACUUGUGGGACACAGAACACCACGGCGACCACUGGUGCAUGUUCAUUCAGACUCCGAAAUCUCUGAGAAAACUCGAGAUUGCAAGGCUCCGAAAUCUCUGAGAAACCUCGAGAUUAUAAGGUCCACGACUAUCAGAGGUCGACAGGACCUGCUCUGCCUUCUGUGGCCAACUCUUUUGGAGCAAGAAGGCGUUGCCCACCACCCUGUGGCUGCAGGUGACAUAGCAGAGAAAAUAGCCUUGCCGUUCCCUGUGCGGAUUGGCGCACCAAGGCCGGUGUCGCUCCUAUCCCGGAGUCCCAACAGAGCGUCACUCCACUGCUUCGUUCCGCAAGAUCUUUGCCCUGAGCUGCGCCCACUCGCCCCAUUCCGGACCCUGGUUUCUGCUCCUGGAAGGGCACACAGUGCGGAGCCUUGGCGUGGGUUACCCCAACUCACCCGUGCCGCUGAAGCUCCUAAGCUUCGUUGCAUGAGAGGUGCAGAUGUCAGAGUCACCCGGCCAUUGGCGAAGCCUGCUCGCCCACCACCUCUCCAUCCCAAAGACUACACUCUCCAGAGGCCCGCGCGGCCACUUCCGCUGUCCCUGGCGUUCUCCUUGCUGCGGAGUUUACGUAGCCGGAGCACUUCCGGUCUAUCUCCUGAGACCUUGCCCUUCUCCAAGGACAGCAUUCAGGAGACCAGGAAAAUGGCCACGGGGCUCCUGAAAGCCAAAAAAGAGGCAUUCGUGGCAUUCAGGGAUGUGGCUGUGGACUUCACCCAGGAGGAGUGGAGGUUGCUGAGCCCAGCUCAGAGGACUCUGCACAGGGAAGUGAUGCUGGAGACCUACAAUCACCUGGUCUCACUAGAAAUUCCAUUUUCCAGACCAAAACUCAUUUCUCAGCUGGAGCAAGGGGAAGAGCCCUGGAUAGAGGAGAGACAGCAUCCACUGGGCCUCUGUCCAGCAGGAUCAAAGCUAAACAUUCAACCUUGUCCCCACUACCCGCUGGCAUUCGCUAGUCAGCAAGGCCUCAGCCAGCAUGUGUGGUUCAGUCACCUUCCUCAGCUCUUCUCAAGUUUAUGUGCAGGAAACCAUCUCCCCCCGGGGAAGCACUAUCCAGAAGAUCAAAACCAGCAGCAGAAGCAACUCUUUGGUCAAACUUGCUGGGGUGACAAAGCAGAAAUUCAAGAGACAGAAGAAGACUCCAAGCCCUUGUUGGGGAGAGUAAGCAAAAGAGGCACUUCAGAGGCGUUGUCCAGCCCACGGCAAGAACAGCCAGUAAGGUCCAAGCAAGACAACACAGCGAUGGAUACAGGGCCCAGCCAAGACCAGAGGACAGUCCUUGGGGGAACAGACAAAGUGUUGCAUGGUGUAGAAGUCUCAGGAUUUGGAGCAAUCAAAUAUGGGGAGUUUGGCCUGGGCUUUAUGAGGGAGUCAAACCUGCUCAGCCUCCAGAAGAUGCACAUAGGGGAGACACCUUACGUGUACUCCGAGUGGGGACAGAGCUUUAGCAAUAUGUCAACCCUCAUCAAAAACCAGAGGACAUCCUCUGGGGACAAGCCUUAUGUGUGCAAGGAAUGUGGACGAGGCUUUACCUGGAAGUCAAACCUCAUCACACACCAGAGGACACACUCAGGGGAGAAACCUUAUGUGUGCAAGGAGUGUGGACGAGGCUUUACUUGGAAGUCAAACCUCUUCACACACCAGAGGACACAUUCAGGGGUCAAGCCGUAUGUGUGCAAGGAAUGUGGGCAGAGCUUUAGCCUGAAGUCAAACCUUAUCACACACCAGAGGGCACACUCGGGGGAGAAGCCUUAUGUUUGCAGGGAGUGUGGGCAUGGCUUUCGCCAGCAUUCACAUCUCAUCAGACAUAAGAGGACACAUUCGGGAGAGAAGCCGUAUGUGUGCAGGGAGUGUGAGCAAAGCUUUAGCCAGAAGUCACACCUCAUUAGGCACUUAAGGACACACACAGGAGAGAAGCCUUAUUUAUGCACAGAAUGUGGGCGCCAUUUUAGCUGGAAAUCAAACCUCAAGACACACCAGAGGACACACUCAGGGGUUAAACCUUAUGUAUGCCUGGAGUGUGGGCAGUGCUUUAGCCUGAAGUCAAAUCUCAGCAAACACCAGAGGUCACACACAGGGGAGAAGCCAUUUGUGUGCAGGGAAUGUGGGCGGGGCUUUACCAGGAAAUCAACCCUUAUCACACACCAGAGGACACACUCAGGGGAAAAGCCAUUUGUAUGCAGGGAGUGUGGGCGAGGCUUUAAUGAUAAGUCAACCCUCAUUUCACACCAGAGAACACAUUCAGGGGAAAAGCCUUUCAUAUGCAGGGAGUGUGGUAAAAGGUUUAGCCAGAAGCCAAACCUCUUUAGGCACAGGAGGGCACACUCAGGUAGCAUACCCUUUGUGUGCAGGGAGUGUGGGCAAAGCUUUUGUGAUAAGUUAACUCUCAUCACACACCAGAAGGCACACUCAGGGGGGAAGCCUCACGUGUGCAGGGAGUGUGGGCAAGGCUUUGGCCGGCAGUCACACCUUAUUAGACAUCAGAGGAUACAUUCAGGAGAGAAGCCUUAUAUUUGUAGGAAGUGUGGGCGAGGCUUUAGUCGGAAAUCAAACCUCAUCAGACAUCAGAGGACACACUCAGGAUAGAAACCUUGUAUGUACGAGUGUAGUGAAAUCUUUAACCAAGACUCAUACCUCGUGAGAUGCCAGAAGUCACACCUAGGGCUGUGGCUUUAGUAGUAAGUCAACCAUUGCCAGACACCAAAGUGGAGACAUCUUAUGUGUGGCAGCAGUGUUCACGAGCCUCAUGGUAAGAGUCAACAUCUCCAGGCCACAUGAAGGAGAACUGCUGGCUCAUUUUCAGGAGCUCUGGCAUGCCCUGGUGGGGGUGGUGGGUUGUGGAAGAUCUGUCAGGUAACGUGAUGGAAGGGGUACUUUUAAGUAGGUUGAAAUUAGGGAAUGGAGGCUCUUCUAAUGUCAUUUCCCAAGAAUACUUGGACACUCCUUAUACAGUAGCCUGGAUGUUAGAGAAACAGCGACACUAGAGCUCAUCUCUUAAUGUCUGCCUUGCCUUCUGAGAACAAGAGACUUGACAGAAACCAUGGCUGACUUAAUCUUGGUUUCCCAGAGCAUGACCCAGCAGAGUCAGCUUCAGGGAGAGUUUGGGAAAUGGUGAAUUCAUGGGAUCAGAGAUGGUGCAUGGGUAGAAGAAGGUUUUAUCAUGCAAAGAGCUGACUGGUGAGAAAGACUGUGACUAUCCUGGUUUUGGGAAGAAGUAACCGUUUUUGCUUGUUUCCUGGGGCCCUCUCUGGUUUCCAAGUUGAAUCCAUACUGAAGAUAUUUUUAUUUACUGGUGUAUUUAGAUUAGAAAUGUAUCCUAUGCUUUCAUGAAGAAAACACCCAUAUAUGGGAAUAGAAAAUGAAAUUACUUCCUAUUCUUCUUUGAAUUACCAUACUACAUCCCACAGGUAAUUCUUUGGUUUAAAUCUUUCCAACCAUUGUAAAAUAUAUGAUUUCUCUGGUUGGGAAUACUCUCUUUUUGAGAACAGCGGUGUCCCACAGAUUCACGUAUAAUUCGGAGCCAAGGCCCAAUUUUUUUUCACAGAAGUUGACUAAAUGAUUCUGAGUUUUAUUUGGAAAGUAAAAUUUUGAGGAAUGGCGGGAUAUUAAGAACAAUGUAAUAACAUGUCUUUUUAUCUGUGGACAGAUACCUAGAAUAGAACCAUAUAAAAAUAGGAAAACAAACUCACUUGUAUAUUAGUAUUUAGAAAGUGAGGAAGCAGGAUUUCAAGUUAUUGUGAAAAUAGCAAGUACAAGAUUCAGUGUUUGGGUCAUUGGCUCUCAACUGAGGGAAAAAAUAAACAUAGGUUCCAAAAUCUCACUAUCCAAAGUUAGAGUUAGGAAAUCACUAGCUCAGAUAAUAUGACGUGCAGAGGUCUUUUUAAUUGAAUUGAAUUUUUUAUUUUAAGUAGGCUCCAUUGCCCAACAUGGGGCUUGAGCUCACAACCCUGAGAUUAUGAGUCACAUGCGCUAGUGACUGAGCCAGCCAGGCAUCCCAAGGUGUAGGAGUCUUAAUUUUCGUUCAAAAUCUAAGUAUCAGUGGAGUGAGAAGAACCUGGUGAAGAAUUAUGAAAUAUUAUCCUAGAUGGAGCUGCUGGUGUGGCUUGCCCUUCUCAUUCCUUCCCAUGGUAAAUCCUGGCCUACUGCUAUUUCUCCGUCUCAAUAGAAAAAUACUUCGAGAGUUUUAAUCUCUUUGCAUCUUAGAAUUGAAUUACUCUUUUCCAUAAAAUGAUGUCACAAAAAUAAGGAUUCCAAAA